AUGGAAAAAUCUCUUGUCUCAGUAUCUCAAUUUCCAAAACCGAAGCAUGCAAGAAUCAAGCGAAAUUCAAGCUCAGAUGAAAUGAAAAUCGAUAGUUUGCCUCAGAUUAUAAAGCCUUCAAAAAGCUUUAAACUCCUUAAAAGGAUUAGAAGCGAUGAUCAAAGUUUUCAGAAUCUUUGCUCGAUCGAAGAAGACUUUGCACUAGAGCAUGAAGGCGAUGUCACAAGCUUCUUGCAAGAAAAAAUCCCAUCAACUCCUAAAAAGAGUUUUUUCCCCAAAUUUGAUAAUAAAGGGAACUUACUCGCUUACAGCGUUAUCGGGCCAACAAAACUAUUUACAAAUCCUAAAUCUAACGGCCCCUCUACACCUGAAAAAACAAACGGAAAGGGUUUGAGUAAAACUUCGACAAGAUUAAAUUUCAAUACGAGGGACCACACAAAUUAUGAAGAAAAAUUCAAAGAGAGAUUACUUGAAAUUGAAAAUAACUCGAAGCUUGAAUCGACUACAGGAGCUAAAAAGCUAUCAAGUAUGAUAAUUUAUGAUAAAAUACGGCAAGGGAGAGAACAAAGGAUAUUAAACCAUUAUAAUGAAGUUCAAAAUGAGUGGAAUUUGUUGGAAAAAAAAUUGAGUUCGAAAGCAAAGAAAAAGCCUGGAGACCUACUCUUCAACAGAGCUACUGAAUAUAGAGAAAAACUUGAAGAGCUCGAUGAAAUUGAUAGAAAUCUGCCAGAUAAAGACGAGACAAAUUCUUUUUCGUGAUAUAUGUCAUUAAGAGAAUCAAAUAAUCAAAAAUUUGAAACUUAUAUUCCUAUGGGACAAAAAUUUUUAGGGCUUUAUACAAGAAUUUCUCAAAAACCAAAAUCACCUCUAGAAAUAAUACGAAAGCCAGGUAUGGCCAAAACCUCAAGCAAGACUUUUAGGGAUUGAAAUUAUUUUCAAGAAAAAUUUAGCCAGGAAAUGACGAGCUCGAAAUCAAUCCCGCUAUCUCAAAUUGAUAAAGAGAGAGAAAAUAGGGCUUUCCCUUGAAUAGCCCGAUAACGGGAUGAAGCCAGCCCGUUAUCGGGCUAUUCAAGGGAAAGCCCUAUAGUUAGUUAGAGGGGUUAACUGGGGUUAUUUCAGCCCCUAGCCAGUCGAGCUUUAGCUUCACGCUUCAUGUAGCGCUAAGCACUAUAGCCGCCUCACGCCCUUUUCGUUCUGAGUCACCAAAAAUAGGGGCGUCAUCAGUCUAACGGGGAGACUCACCCGAACCUGCUCGGACCAAAAAUUGCAGUGCAGGACUCUCUUAACCCCUGUUAGUGCUCAGGGUAUGAGGAAGCGUCCAGUACCUCCUUCCGGAACGACCUCUGCAAUUUGCAGGCAACAUAAUGCUCCUCCAGAAGUGCCCGAUUGGUGUUGCGCCGUCGGUCCUCUUGUCUGUGGGUCGAGGGGAGGCCCAGCCAGCCCAUGCCUAACCCCACCCCGAAACUGCCACCUGCGAUCCUGUGGUCCUUCGAGGCCAUUGUUUUAAAUUUUUGGCCUCAAGUUCUUGGGUUUUUUUUGUCGCAAUUGCCAUUUUAGCAAUUCAAAUUGAUAAAGAGGAACUGCUAGUUGUGGGACUAGCAAAACUUCCAUUAGAGAUUGAUGCAGUUAAGCGCACAGGGCCCGAGUUUUUAAAUCCGAAACUAAUUCCAAGACCAUUUAAGGAUGAAAUUUACGCUGAAGAAUAUGAUUUUAGAAAUAAAACAUAUAGAGCUGUAUAG